UUUGUAAAAUAAGCGGGCAGUGCCGUGCACCGGGAAUGUGAACUCUGAAGCUGAUUUUAUUAAUAUAACCUAGCGUUUCAGCGGUUAAAUAUUAUGUCGGUACUGAGGCCACUAAGUAAAUUACCCGACAUAAAUGCAGCGAGUGUCCUGCUGGUGGAGAAUGAAGAGGACUUCCAGCAGAAAUUGGCAGGCGUAAUGGUGAAGGAAAAAUCCGUUAUGGUCAAAGUGAGGCUGGCUAAGAGCCUGCCACUGCCCGCCAAAAACGAGCAAAACCGUCCGAGGAUAGACCUGGUCGUCUUCCUCAUCAACCUCAUGUCAGAGCUCAGUUUGCAGUCGGCUGAAGCCUCUCUGAAGCACUUGGGCCAAGGCUAUUUUCUGGGGAAGGUUUGCUUCAUGGUCACGAACGCGCGUCACGCAGCCUUACCGGCAGAGCGCAUGGUGGCCGUCAGGAAGCUGGCGUCGGGUCUCCGCUGUCCUCUUCUGUAUGCAGAAGAUCAGACACCAGAUGGCGUCACCAACGCGGCAGAGAGGCUGCUGGUGAUCCUCAGGGUGGCGGCAGGGUGCGUUCCCAUGACGACAGCGCUGUUCCUGUCCAAUCUGACCAGCUGCAUCGUCCCCACGGAGGAGGAGGAGCAGCAGAACUUGGAUUUCGACGCCUGAACCCACCCUCCAUCUUCAGCAUCAGGCCUCCACUCAAGGCUGCUGAGGAGGUCCGAGCACCACUUCUCAUUGGGAUUCAGGACGGCUCCAUAGGUCUCCUGCCAACAUACUCUGUGUGUGUGUGUGUGUGUGUGUGUGUGUGUGUGUGUGUGUGUGUGUGUGUGUGUGUGUGUGUCGGGUCAACAAUACACAAUUACACCUCAAAAUGUAGACAUUAAAAGUCGUCUUAUUGAACAUGAGAUUGACAUCACAGGGUUUGUUUUUACACAAAAUAAAAGCACCAUGACUUGUUAAUCCACUGAACUGCUAGCUCAAAGGUCACCUUGUCAUGCAGGAGAUAAUCUUAUGGUGAUAAUAUUGAAGAGUAGCAGGUGUUUGUAAUUAUUAUGUAUUAUGGUACUACAGUAUUUUAAUUAGUCCAACUUUUUCUUGAUGGCGAGAUGCUGCAGAGGGUCACGUAUGUAUCAUCUGGUGUGAGAUGAAGUAUGUAGUAGACUGUUUGGAGCUACAGCAAUGACCUUCAUAAUUCUUUUGAAUGUGAAUCAGUUUUGAUAAUCUGCCAGUUGUUGAGGCAGUAGCAGUGGCAAUGCUAAAAGGUUAUGGAUGGUGCGAGGUGACUAAUGAAUCAAUACGUUUGGAAGGGGAGAAUGUCAGUAUGCUUUAACAGUCAAGCCCAAUCGUGAUAUGAUUGGUGGCAUGGUAGAAUAUGAAACUGAUAUGUAUUAAAAAAAUAUAAUAGGGGGAACACUAUUACCCCGAGCCAAGGCUCAACGUGGCCUGGGAUAUUAAGCAACCGAAUCAAGCGUAAAUGAAACUGGAAACUCAAACUUUUAGUAGCCAACUAUGGCUAGUUUUGAAUUUCAAAUCAAAUACUUAUACAAAAUAAGCCAGUAUACAAAUAUGUACAUGCUUGACUGAUUAUUGUUUGAUUGGACCAUUUACAUUUCCGUUUAAGAGGAAGAGGCUAAAAUAUUUAGUAAAACCACACAAAUCACAGUAAACUGAAUCUUUUUAUUACUAGAAUUGUGAUGCCUGUGAAGGAAAACUACGAUAAACAGUGUUUAAUUAGCAUACUUUUAUUAAAAAUUGGGGGACCGAAGCAGGACCAGGGUGGAUCACUGGUGAAGUGAUUACCCGGAGAAUCCCAGCUCUUUGUAGGUGGCAUCAAUGUCGGCAAUGACCGCAGACAUCACUUUCCUCAGAGCUUCCUGCCCGGCAGCAUCAAGCCCCGCCUUCUCCGCCAUAUGCUUUGCAAUGACCUCUGUGAUCAACUGCAACCAGAAACACGGCAUAAACAUCCUUUCAUUGUCAUUAUCGUAAACAGGAAAGAAAUAAGACCUUUCAUGCUCAAAUGAGAGGAUUUGAGUAUACUCAAAUGUGAAAGACACAUGGCUGAACAAGAAACAGGCCCAAUUCUCACAUUUCUCUCAAGAUUUAGAAGUUGUAGUCUAGAUUGACUAGUUUUUUUUUUGUGCAUUACAUACUAAUUAGUUCAACAGUCACUCCAAUACACACACUACAAAACACACAUGUAUGAACACAACGCAAGCACCUUGAAGUUGUUGAUGGGGAUCUUGUGGACGUUGGCGUGGCUGGUGGCCAGGGGUUUGAGCAGAGCCGCGUGGUCGCCCCUGGUCUUCAGCAGCUCCCCCAGCUUCUUCAGGACCGUCGCCCCAUGGGAUGCGACCGCCACACUGGCUGCCAGCUCCCCUACGCCUGCGAGCUUGGGGAACAGCUUCUGGGUGUCCGGGUGCUCUGUGAAUAAACUGGGAAGAGCGGGAACAGGAAUAGGCCUUUGAGUGACGGAGAUGAAUGGGGUGACCUUCUGGAGAACACAGAGAAACAAGAGAGCACAGCACUAAAGGCAGUUGUCUUCAUUUGUUUUUCUAGUCACUUUGUCUUUAUUACCUGAUUAUUACCAUAUUGGUACACAUGCUUACCGGGUCAAAACCAGCCCGCCGUGUGUGUUGUAGUCGGCUUCCACUGGACCCCAGCAUCUCAGAACCAAGUCAUAGUCAGCCAUGAUCUAUACAGCCA